UACUGUAAACUCUUCGGUUUAAGGGGAUAUGACAGGAAUUUGGAAACUGAUCAGUUUGAAAUAAGUUCAGAUUCUAAUGAAAAUGUUAUAGUUUAUACAGGAAAGAACUCUAAAACGUAUAACGGUGGCCUGAAACACCGCCGUAUUGAACCUAAAAUGGAACGUUUUGUAUAUAAGAGACCAAUUCAUUCCCGGAAGCCAGGAGAAGUGCGUUUGUCAAAUCAAGUUUUAGGCGUGAAUAAACUUAAAGGUUUUAUGAAAGAAAUAUGUCAGCUCGCGGGACUUAAAGGUGUUUACACUAAUCACUCUGGAAAAAAGACUUGCGCAACAAGUCUUUAUCCGAACAAUAAACCAUGAAACGAACAGGCCAUCGAUCUGUGGCCGGUGUCCGACGUUAUAAUAAACCCAUUAAUGAAAUGUUGGUAGACAUUUCAAAUAAAUUAAAUCCGCCAGAAUCAACGGAACAGGUCAAAAUAAACCAUCAACAGAAACGCUUCUACAUGACGCAACUAACGCAAGUGAUGACGAAUCUAAAA